AUGUGGAGCCUGCGAUGGUGGUGCCGAGUUGCUUCGCUGUAUUUACUCAUCUUGACUAUUAAGGAUUGCUGGGCCACCUGCCCGCCCCUUGAAACCAUCAGGCCAUGCCAAUGUACCAACAAAGCUGACGAACUGCAGAUAUGGUGCAGUCAAAGCGAACUUUCAGCAGUGCUGAGUGGCCUGGCCGCAAUAUCAGCGCAAAUCACCCGUCCCAUCGACGAACUUAUUCUUGAAAAUAAUGUAAUAACCGCCUUGCCAGGUCGUGCUUUUGCACCUUUAAGAGUGACAAGGCUUAUGCUACGAAACAACAAACUAGAAAGGCUUUCAUCAAAUUGGUUAGGAGGUCUCGAACCUAGUUUACUGGAGGUAUUUAUAGUAGAACAUGAACUUCGAAGUUUACCAGAAGACGUUUUCGAAGGUCUCGAUAAAUUGGAAGCGGUAACGAUUAAAGCUGGAUUUGUUCAGCGUCUUCCAUCUUUUUCGGGCUUAAAAAGACUCCGAUAUCUACUCACUGAACUUCCAUCUCUUACGGAAAUCAGUCCUGGUAGAUUGAACAAGCUAGAGGCUUUGGAACAGCUUCAUUUGAUUAGAUCACCACGCCUGACUAAUCUAGGCCCUUCUUCUCUACAAGAUGCUCCAAGACUAGCAUUAGCAAAUUUUUCAGGGUCUGGCAUCAGCUGGGUACACCCUAGAUCGUUUGUAAGACUUCCUUCUCUGAAGGAAAUUGAUUUAUCUGACAAUCAGUUGAGUGAUGCUGGCGAAAUAGAAAUACAUAGAGGUUCUUUUCACCGACUUCCAUCUCUCGUCAAAUUAGAUCUCAGCAAUAAUAAAAUCCAAAGGAUACAUCCGGAAUUUUUCCUACAAUCUUAUGACAGCCAACUAGAGGAAAUAUCUCUUGUUAACAACGAACUUGAUCACGUGAUGUACCUAACAACAAUUUUGGAAACUCUACCUCGAAUAAAAUUCCUUGAUAUGAGUAACAAUCACAUGCAGGAUAUAAUGUUCGGAGCACUGCGAGGACACCCUACAUUGGAACGUCUGCAUUUGAACAAUAAUCUUCUAAGGCGAGUUGUUCGAGAAGCUUUUUCUGGCAUGCCUUCUUUAAGAGAAUUGAGGUUAAGCAAUAAUUCCCUCUCAAACUAUCUCGAAAUGCCUCUCUGGAAUCUACCAAAUCUGAAGGGGCUGGAUUUAUCCCAUAACGAAUUUCGAAGGAUUGAUCGGCGGGUAUUAGCCAACCUGCCUUCAUUGCGCCGCCUGGAUGUAAGCAAUAAUAACUUAUUCAUCAUUGACCCAGCAUCAUUCCUGGGAACCACUGCUCUUGAGCAUGUCAAUCUAUCGAGAAACGCGAUUGAUCUGAUUCAACCUCAGACAUUUAAUCACUUGAAUAACCUAUUUGAGUUUGAUAUGAGCUGGAAUAAAUUGACAGGGAUAGUGCCAGGACUCCCACGAGCGUUGGAAUUACUCCACCUAUCAAACAAUAGGAUCACAGCUCUCCCUAGGUCCCCAUCUCCGGAUCUACUACUACCAGCACUAAGGCUUUUAAAUCUAAGUGGAAACAAGUUAGGACAUCUACCAUCGGAAGCACUCAUAUCUAUGCCGUUACUACGUAAACUACUGCUAGCUGAAAACGGAUUAUUACAAAUUGAUGAACGCUCUUUGGAUGGUUUAGGAAGACUAGAGGAACUGGAUAUCCAGGAUAAUAGAAUCAACGAGGUACAUUUAAAUGCAUUUAGAGAUUUGAGAAGACUCCAGGAGCUAGACAUGAGUGGGAACAGACUGGCUACUAUAAAACAAUCUCUGUUACUAGAAGAAGUAUCAUUAUCAAAUAAUGCUUUAUCAUCCUUUCCUAACCCACUUACAAAACUUGGAGAACUAAAAUUUCUAGAUUUAAGCUACAACAGAAUCAAGCAGAUUCUAGGACCUUUGUAUAAUCUUAAAUCUCUCUCCUAUCUGAACCUGUCUGGAAAUAAAAUUGAGACUUUACUGGAAGGGGCCUUCAUUAACAUGGGAAACCUAACAGUUCUAGAUUUGGACAACAAUCAAAUCCAGUUUAUUUCACCUCAUGUGAUCAGAUCAAUGCCUUCUCUGGUCACCCUAAAGCUUUCCAGAAACAAACUUGCUACUAUACCAAGCGCAGCCUUCUCAGACCUCCCUGUUUUGACAGAUAUAGAACUUCAACAAAACCAGAUCUCACAUUUGGCUAGUGAUGCUUUUACUGGUGUGCCAAACCUUCUGGUGAUGAACCUGAGUCACAACCAUUUGGCUAGCUUGGACAAGAUUGGUCUUCAUGGGGUGAAAUCAAUGGAAAUACUUGAUAUUAGCCACAAUAGACUGUCAAAGCUCAGUAAUCCUGGAAUACCUAAUUUAAAUUCGCUUAUUCAAUUGAAGAUGGAUGGUAACAAUAUAUGCGCUAUUCAAGGAUCUCCUUUUGAAAAGAUGACUCAUCUCAGAGUUCUUAGCCUAAGAAAAAAUCGGUUGGUUUCUAUUUCAGAGACUGCUCUACAGCCAUUAAGAAGUACAAUAUACCAAAUUGAUAUUGAAGGAAAUCCUUUACGAUGUUCCUGUACAUUUCUGUGGCAGAAGACAUUUAACCAAGAAGCAUACCAUCCACCAAUUUGUUAUGAUGGUACUCCGUUAUUCCAAGGGCACAAGAUGAUAAAUGAAGAAUGCUCUCAUUCUAAAUAUAGUGAUUUACAAAAAAGUUGUGAAAACAAUUCUAUUGGUCAAAUACAGCAACUAUCAACAAUAAACAAUUGGAAAGGAAAUAAUGAGAAACCAACGCCAGAGGAAUCAGAAUAUUUUUAUGAAUAUGUCGAUUAUGAUGAAAACAUUUCUGUGCCGCUUAACUUAACAAAAUAUACCAUCCAGACAACAUCUGCAACUAAUUUAGUGAUAAGUACUGCAGGAACUACAGCAAUCCCUCCAGCUGUAAUGUCUCACUUCAUACCUGGUGACACACCUACAUUAUAUGCUCGGCCUGGAAAUGAUCAAUUAAAAAAAAAAAAACCAACUAAACCACCAUCGACAACAUUUACAUUUUUUGGGAUGCCGCUUCCUUCAUUGAACAUACAAAACUUGUGGGGGUCUAGUAGAAACCGAGAUGGACAAAGUCGGUUUCCAGGAGCCAGAGGUAGUAUUGAGCCUUUAGAUAAACCACCUAAACAAGAAGAAGGAUUCAAACCUAUACUGUAUAAUACAGGCGGUUUCAGACCAAUAUUUAAUCCGUACACUAACUUAUCAACUUCUUCUAAUUCUAUCAAGACAAUCCCAAGUGUUUCAAGUAUUGCAUCUAAUAGACAAGUUACAACUGUGUCUUCUAGUUCAACUCUAGGACCAACAUCAGAUCCUCAGUUUCAUGAAACCUACAAUAAACUGGUUAAAGUGAUCCCUCCAAAGACAGAAAUAAAAAACAGUAAUGAAGUGAGUACCCUGGAGCUUGAAGAACAUGAUGAGACUAGGGACGAAUUUAAUCAGAGCCAAAAAUUUAGUUUUGAUAACUACAGUUUACAGUCAAUAUAUGAGUUCAAUACUGGGCUAGAAGGUACUACUGAGGGACACUAUUCCAGUUCAACGCCGACACCAUUUCAGUUUCCACUAACAACUAGAACUAGUCUUGAUGCUGUUCAAGAAUCAACUAUAGGAGGUAACAACUAUGUUGAAGCACCUGGAGUAAAAGAAACAAAUACAGUCACAGGAAACAGUCCUUCACCUCUGUCAGCAUUUCUAGCUCCAGGCGGCCAACUUCCUCCUUACAGAAGUUCUGGAAGACCUACGAUAACGAAAGUGACUGUGCCUCCCUCACCUAUUGCAGAAGAAAUUCAAGCACCAAUACCAAGGCAGGCGAAAAGUACAGUUGAAGAAACUCUGCCAAAGUCUAAAUCCAGCCAAAUUGAUAAAUCAAUUGCGUGGUAUUACCAGAACUAUAAUAAAACUAACUUACAGCCUUAUAUAGGCCCUGGAAUUGCUUUUCCGUCUAAUCAGUCUGAUUCAAAAUAUUUAAAAUUAAAUACUUAUUUACUGUUAUUUUUAUUGCUAGUUUUGGCCAUAAAAUAAAUUAAACACAAACAAUAUUAUUAGUCCCACGUUACAGACUAUUAAUGAUUUUAUUAAAUGUCAUAGCUACAACUUGUAAAUAAAUUA